AUGGGCAGCGACGCAACCGAAGUAUGCAUGCUCUGCAAAGAGCUGCAGGCCAUCGUGCUCUGCAACCCAUGCGACGCCAAGCUCUGUCGUCCGUGCUGGGCUCAGCUCCACGAGAGCGUCGCCGAGGUGCGUGCGCACACGACAACCCCACUCGUCUACGACGCACAGCCGACGGCUGACGUUUCCGAGGUGCGCGAGACCAUCGCGUUCGAGGCCUUCAACGCGGCCAACAAGAGAACGCUCGACGCCCAAGCCGAGUUUCUCAAGGUCUCCGAGUCGCUGACGCCGGCGAGCGCGGGCGGCGUUGUCGCGUUCAAUGCGCGCAUGGAGAGUCUGCAAACGAACGUCAACGAGCUCGUGGUGGCGCGUGACGAGCUACUUGCUGGCGUCUUUGCGCGGUCGCGCGAGCUGCGCCUGCGCUUGGCGAGCGUGGAGCCCGCGAUGCUUCUCAACAUUGCGGCGCUCGUCGCCAACUCGUACAAGAAGCUCAAGGUCAUGGCGUCGCAUUACGAGGUGAGUGAAGCCAACGAAGAGCAGCUGCAGGCUUCGCUGCACCAAACGCGGCCCGGCACGUCCGAGUACAGUGAGGUGACAGCAAGCAUGGAUGCCAACUUGAAGUACAAGACGCAGCUCCAAGCCGAUCGGUACACCGAGUGCAUGCACCUCUACACGUACAGCGCCGCGUUGCGCGCCAAGGUGCAGCACGCGCUCGCGUCUCUUCAAUGA